CAAAACGUGAGAAAAAAAAAUAUCAUAUCAAAACCGUCAACCUACUCGUCCCAAAGUGCGAUCGUAAGAUUACGGAGGACAUCCAAAAGACUCAAAAGUGACCCGGGGAGGCUGCACUAGUGUCGUCGACAAGGCGCCGCUACCUAACGUACACAACCUCACCGUCGUAAGCCCAUCAAACCCGCCCUAUCCGCCUGCGCCGGGCGGUAAAAUUGCCAAUUCGACCGAACAGAUCAACCACCUUUUCCGUCUCCUUUUAACGUUCGACAUCGAGCCACACAAACGUUUGCCAAAUUCCUACCGCAUUUUCGAUUUCUUUUUUUUUUUUCCUUUCUUUUUUUACGACCUUUUUUUUAACCCGAUUCCUCCGCCACAAUGUCUGAAGCCUACGAGCGCGAACGCCAAAACAACGCCCGCCUUGAUGAGUUAUCCGCAAAGGUGUCGGCCCUCCGAGGCGUGACGGUCGACAUUUACGAUAAUGCGCGGGCACAGGACGUCAUCGACUCUACCUCCGAUACCUUCUCCACUAUGGGUACGCAACUCAAAGGUUCCGCAACGCGCCUCGGUCGAAUGGCUGCUUCGGGCAACAAGGUCGCCGUUCUCAAGCUGUCUGGCAUCCUGAUCGCAAUCUUCCUUGUGCUCUACUACGGCCUGAAGCUUUUCUUUUGAGUGCGGGUGUCGGCACCUAGGCUAUAUGCCGCCUAGGAGACACCCCACCGCCUGAAACAAGCGGUUGGAGAAUGAAAUAUGUGGCCAUGCCUGCGGAAAUG